GACAUUUAUUAUAAAAUUUUAUUUAUUUAAAAUGCCUGCAGCGUUCUUUGAAAAUUCUGAGCCUACAACAACUGUUAAUGGUGGAUUGGUUAUUAAACGAAUGCCUAGAUUGAAAAUCGACGAUGUUCAUUUUAAUUUGUUACAACACAAGUUUGACAUGGUUCAAUUGCGUAAGAAUAUUGACCCGUCAAUUUUUGAACAUGCGGCGACGGUUAAGGUGGCGCUUGACACAAAAUAUCCUGAGGGAAUGCAUAAAUACGCGGACAAAUACAGGGCUUAUAAUCAAAUUACGCUUAUUUUUGACACGCUCAGUCAGUUGCGAAACAGUGACGGGCCUCACUCAAUUUAUCCGUUGACUUUGCCCAAUGGAAAUGCUACUCCAAUGCCUGUGUAUCAAGUUCAGCUGAGCCAGGAUUUUUGUGACCGUUUUACUGUGCCGAAUUAUGGGACUAUUAAACUGGAGAAGGCGAUAAAGGCUGCAGGUGUUCCUUCCAACGAAUAUCGAUGCCGAAUUCUGCAUUAUGAUGAAACUUCUCGUAUUGUUCGUUUCUCUCCAUUUAUGGUGCAGAGAUUGGACGAUUGCAAGUAUCUUGUUCGUUUUGAACCUUCACGUUUCGUGUAUAAUGCUCGUUAUUACAUUCUUUCAAAUAUUUAUCGUCUUCAAAAGGCAGUUAGUUUUCUGAUUUUUCCGCAACCUUUUGAUGAUGACAGGCUUCCUUUGGAUCGUUAUAUUGAACAGCGUGAUGUUAUGAUUAAAAAUAUUCGGUUUUCGUCUAAUUCCUUCAAUCAAGAACAACGUAAUGCAAUUUUUGCAAUUUUGAUGGGCCGACAUAUUAAGAUAAAUAAUAAGAGUGGGACGCUGCUUCCCUACAUUAUUCAUGGACCACCAGGAACAGGAAAGACUACAGUUCUGGUUGAAGCGGUGCGAUUGUUAUUGGAACAAAAAGAUUAUGACACAAGAAUUCUUGUUUGUACGCCAUCAAACACCGCUGCUGAUUUGUUUGCCACAGAGUUGCUAGAAACUGCAAAAAUUGAUCCGGAAUUGGUAUUUCGACUGUAUGCAUUGAUGGUGCCUGUAGAAGAUUUGAAGGAGUCAUUGAAGCCGAUAACUUACACAAAGACACCUGAUGGAUUUUCUGAUAUUGAAAUGUUUGCUAUUCACCCCGCCGAGAGAUUGCUCAAGUUCAAAGUGAUUGUCUGUACAAUGAUGGCUUCUACUUAUUUAAUGCUUGGCUAUGUUUCAUCAAAAUUCUCGCAUAUUAUAAUCGAUGAAGCUGGUCAAGCAAGUGAACUUGAAACUCUUGUGCCGAUUGUUGGGGUGAUUGGAGAAAGAAACGAUUGUAAAAUCAUUUUGGCUGGGGAUCAUAAACAGCUUGGUCCGGUUGAAAAUGUGGAUUACUUUCGAAGGAAUAAAUUUAAUAAUUCUUUAAUUGAACGACUUCAAACUGUUGAAUGCUACAAAGAUGAUGAGUGA